AUGAUGAGGGCGCGGUCCGUCGUCGUCCGGACCUACCCGGACCCCUGCAUCCCCGAGACGGAGAAGGAGCGAUCCACGGUCGACAUUCCGCAGGAGUGGCUGACCCCGCAGCCGUCGCGGCGACCAGACAUCUUCCCGGAGUUCGAGCGCCUCCAGACGCCCGACCCGAAGCCGAUGCCGGGCGACCCCGAGAUGCCCGACGAGGAGGAGCUCGAGGAGGAGGACCGCAAGCGCAAGGAGCCGGAGGAGGACCCGGAGCAGGAGGGCGAGGAGGAGGAGAAGGAGGAGGACGGGGAGGAGGAGGACAAGCGAAAGCGCAAGCGCAAGGGGCCCGGGCAGCCCGAGGUGCCGAACUAG